AUGGAGAACUGCACUGAAGACGACGACAUGCGGAAUAGCAUUGCGCUGUUCCAACUUAUAGUCUACAUCCCAGUGCUCUCUUUGGGGAUCCCACCAAACAUGAUUGCCUUCCGGCUCUUCUGCUGCAAACUCAAGAGAUGGACUGAGACCAGGAUGUACGUGAUCAGCCUCAUAGUCGCAGACAGUUGCAUGCUCUUUGCCCUGCCUUUCUUGAUGUACGCCUGCACCUACGAUCAUUCCCGGGAUGUACUCUGCCAGUUUACAGAGACAAUGUAUUUCAUCAACAUGUCAGUGAGUACCUACAUAAUUACAUUUAUCUCCACUGACCGAUACAUUGCCAUAAAACACCCCUUGAAAGCCAGGGCCUUCGGGUCUCCAUCAAAGGCAGCCCUUCUCUGUGGGCUUCUGUGGGUUUCUGGGAUAAUCGGUGCCACUGCACAGAUUCGGCAGAGCCAGUCCACCCUGUGCUUCCAGAAGGAUACCACCGUGCCUGCUGCUCUGAGCCUGCUUUCCAUGUUCUUCAUUUUUAUUCUUCCAUUAGCAACCUUGACUUUUUGCUCCACAGAAGCGAUCAGGAGCCUUAAGAGAUGCCUGAACACCAAUUCACCAGAGGAGAAACCAAUCCAGAAAGCUGUUCACAUUCUUUAUGCAAACCUGAUUGUAUUUCUAGUCUGUUUUCUGCCAGUCUUCUUUGGGUUACUUGCCAGGUUCGUAACGGAUAGCAUUGGAGCUACCUGUUUCAUGCUCCAUGUUAUGAAGAACAUCUCCCCCAUGACAAGGUGUGUUGCCACAUCUAACUGCUGCCUGGAUAGUGUCUGCCACUACUUUGUGACCAAGGAGUUCCAUGAAGCCCUUCUACCCUCCAAAACCAGCAGUGAAAAAACAGAUCAACUCCAUCCCUUGCAGACACACACUUGCUAAAGGAAAGAGUGGGGUGGAAGGAGGGAGGCAAGAGGGAUG